AUCUAUCCCUCUCUAUUCGCUUUGAGAAAUUUCAAGCAGUGUCAAGAAGAAUCUUCCGCCAUUCUAUAUUUACGAUUUUUACAGGAUUGAUAUAUAUUUUACCUAUUUUUUCGUGACCCGUCCAAAAAAGCGACGAAUAAUGACAACAGUGAGUCCUGUGGUAAUAGCAGCUACAGCCAGACAUACAGCAACACUUAUAUUUUUCCAUGGAUUGGGUGAUACAGGUCAUGGUUGGGCUAGUUCUAUGGGAGCAGUAAGAUCUCCUCAUAUUAAAGUUAUUUGUCCAACUGCAUCUACAAUGCCAGUGACAUUAAAUGCAGGAUUUAGAAUGCCUUCUUGGUUUGAUUUACGAUCUUUGGAACCAAGUGGUCCUGAAGAUGAAGAAGGUAUUCGUAGAGCUGCAGAAAUGGUACAUUCUUUAAUUGCAGAAGAAGUUGCAGCAGGAAUACCCACAAAACGUAUUGUUCUUGGAGGUUUUAGUCAGGGUGGUGCUCUUGCUAUAUAUAGUGCUCUUACAUUUCCAGAACCUUUAGCUGGUAUUAUAGCUUUAUCAGCUUGGCUUCCUUUACAUCAAAAAUUUCCAGCUGAAGCAAUAGGAAAUAAAAAUACUCCAUUGCUUCAAUGUCAUGGUGAUUGUGAUCCAAUAGUGCCAUAUAGAUGGGGUCAAUUGACUGCAUCAGUUCUUAAACAAUUUAUGACACAAACAGAAUUCAAAACAUAUAGAGGAAUGAUGCAUGCAUCUUGUGAUGAGGAAAUGCGUGAUAUGAAGAAAUUCAUUGAAAAAGUUUUGAAGCCGUAAUAGUUUUACUAAAUAUAUCAAUAUUUUAAAAUCUUAUUACUUUAUUUGUUCUUUAUUAAGAAUUAAUUACUUCCAAUUUCACUGCUACUUAAUUCUAGU